CCUAGCUGCUAACCAGCUAGCUGUAGCUGAAGCAGGGAAACAUCCCGAUCUGCGGCUGGUUAACGUGGAACCCUGCGCACUGCGCUUCAGCUGGACGACCCUUCCUCCUAGGAGAACCUCAGUCUUCUCCAUGGCUCACUAGGAGCCGCUAUGAUGGACAGUUAGCAGCGGGGUUAGCUGCAGCUUCGCUCCGGGAGAACCGGAGCCUCUAGCGCCGCUUUUUAGCCCCCAAAGGUCGGAUUAGCUGCCAUGUCAUCAACCGCUCUCAGCCGCCAGAACCCAGUCCGACCAUGUUGAGUGCGCGGUUCUGAGCCUGAGCGGGACCAGCAGCAGCAGCAGCAGCAGCAGCAGCCCGGUACCGCUCCCACUGCCUGGACUGAUAGCGGGUUGGGUAGGGAUGGCGUUCCAUGGCGCCGGCCGCCAGACUGUCUGCGGCGACCUGUUCCCGGGUUCGGACCUGGGCCACAAGUUCUUCUGUGUGGGCUCGUCCUGCGGCGGGCCGUCAGCCGGCCUUGGCGCUGCGCCAGGCCUGACUGGGCCCAGCGCCCCGGCCGGAACCCCGCGCCACCCGACCGCGCUGGGCGGCGGCGCCGGCGGCGGGGCGGCGGUACCGCAGCCCUACAGCAACCCAGCCAGCGAGGUACCGAGCCCGGCCGAGAUGGAACCGGACCGCCCCAUCGGAUACGGAGCCUUCGGGGUCGUCUGGUCGGUGACGGACCCCCGUGACGGCCGGAAGGUGGCGCUGAAGAAGAUGCCGAACGUCUUCCAGAACCUGGUGUCCUGUAAGCGGGUCUUCAGGGAGCUGCGGAUGCUCUGCUUCUUCAAACACGACAAUGUUCUGUCGGCUCUGGACAUCCUGCAGCCUCCGCAGAUCGACUGCUUCGAGGAGAUCUACGUCAUCACAGAGCUGAUGCAGAGUGACCUUCACAAGGUCAUCGUGUCGCCGCAGCCGCUGACCACCGACCACAUCAAGGUCUUCCUCUACCAGAUCCUCCGAGGUCUGAAGUAUCUCCACUCUGCUGGGAUCCUCCACCGAGACAUCAAGCCUGGGAAUCUGCUGGUCAACAGCAACUGCCUGCUCAAGAUCUGUGACUUCGGCUUGGCCCGCGUGGAAGAGCCCGACCCGUCGCGUCACAUGACCCAGGAGGUGGUGACCCAGUACUACCGGGCCCCGGAGGUUCUGAUGGGCUGCCGGCACUACGGGUCGGCCAUCGACGUCUGGUCGGUCGGCUGCAUCUUUGCCGAGCUGCUGGGUCGCCGCAUCCUGUUCCAGGCACAGAGCCCAAUCCAGCAGGUGAGUCGGAUCUGCACGGCUGGUACCGGAGGAACGAGAGGUAACGACUGCAGAGGUUCUGGAGGUUCUGGGUCAGGGGCGCGGUAUAGGGGGGAAAAGUGAUGACAAUUCUAGGGGCCC